CCGGAGAGAAAGGUUAACGAAUAAAGGAACCAUAGAUCUUCAAAACACGUUUUGUUUAAGUACUUUAAGCUAUUGAUUUGACGUAAACAAAGGCUGUUGCGAUGUCGGACCCUGCUUUAAUGGGACCUGCUUUGCCGCCGAAGUUUCAAAAGGAUGAUGAAUCUGACGAGGAACCUCCCAUAGGUCCAGCGUUACCUUCUUUUUACAUAGCGGAUGAUUCGUCCAGUUCCUCGGAGGAUGGCGAGACAUUUAGAAGAGGAAAAAAAAAAAACUCUAAAUAUGCAGUAGCUGGUCCAACAUCUAGUCAACAACUCAGAGUGGAUGUGGCUUCAGGUGAAACACUGGGAGUUGAUGAUGAUGAUGAUUACUUAUUUGGCCCUGCUCUUCCUCCUGGAUAUAAAAAGCAACAAAUGUCACCUGAAAGGCCACCUCUGCUGGGACCCGCACUACCUCCAGGCUUCCGCAGAUUGAAUGAUGAAGACGAGGAUUCAAAUGAGGACGAAGGAUUCUCUGGCCCUGCCCUUCCCCCGGGCUAUAGGGCUGAGUCAUCAGGCAGUGAGAGUGACGGAGGAGACGAUGACAUUGUUGGGCCAAUGCCUUUUAAAGGGGAUAGGCCCAACAACUCAGUCGCCCAGGACUUUGAGAGACGCGCUCAGAAGAUGAAAGACAAGCUGACCGGUGUAAAUGAUGGCCCUGAGGAGGUGAAGAGGGAGACCUGGAUGACUGAGCUGCCGCCAGAGCUGCAGCAUAUAGGUCUGGGUGCCCGCACAUUUAAGAAGAAGGCAGGCCCAGAGAAAGGGGAUCGCAGCAUGUGGACGGACACCCCAGCAGACCGGGAGCGCAAGGCCAGGGAGCGACAGGAAGGAAAGAAAAGUGGGAAGACGGAAAAAAAAGAGGCCCCACGUCUCCCUCAGAAGGAUAUUGAGAUGGCAGAGAAAGUGUCUAAGUACAAUGAAUCCAAACGUGGGGAGUCUCUCAUCAAUAUGCAUACCAAGAAAUUAAAGAGGAAAGCAGCAGAUGAGGGCAAUAAGCCAGUGGAGAGGAGGGCCUUUGACCGUGACCAAGACCUGCAGGCCAACCGCUUUGAUGACGCCCAAAAGAAGUCCCUGCUAAAGAAGUCAGCUGAACUGAACACGCGUUUCUCUCAUAGCAAAGACCGCAUGUUCCUGUAGCCAGCAAACAUUCAUCUGUAACCUGACUGCUACCCAAGUCUUUCUUGGGUUAAUAUGUGUGUAGAGUUUCAAUUCAGUUGCAUUAAGCUGUUAAAAUAUUCUUCUCAAAGAGAAAGAGCAAUGUUAAACAGUGUAUUUGACUCUCUGUGUUGCAUAUCAUUUGAUACCAUGGCUGUAGAAUGCUUUCAUAUGUGUCAGUCUUCAAUUCACAACCAAGACUUUUUGCCAUUGGUUGGUUUUUGUAUUUUCAGUAUAUUUCCUUUUUCAUCAUUCUUCAUUUUUUGCAGUCAAUCAUUCUAUUACACUUAUAUUUUGUACUUGAUUGUUCUGUACUGUGUGAGAACAAGUCGGUUCAGUAAGUAGUAAACAUUGUAGCUUGGUUUUUUUUUUUGCUCUUUGAUGGAGGCAUGAGAAAUAAUGUAUAUAGACAUAUUUUGCAAUUCUGUAGAAUAUAUUUUAUCUCUUCCAAAGUUUAAAGGAUCUUUGACAUGUUCACAAUUUACCUAUGGCUGUAACAUGUAGGUUUUAUAGUGUGUAUGUAUGUGUGUGUGUGCACAAAAAAGAGACCGCUACAAUCUUAUUGUAUGUGAUCACUUCUAUCUUCAUUUUUUUACUGUACUAUAUUUCGUGUGGAAAUUGCUGUAAUUUACUUUGAACAUAAUUAAAGUCCAAAAUGUUGGUCGAUUA